GUUGGAGGGGCGGGACUGGGCGGUACCACUGUACCACUGUUUCUGGAUUUUGUUAUUUGUUUAUUGUGUUCGCGAUUACUGUGAAAAGGCCGAGAAAGUGGUAUUUCAGGAUAUUUUUGCUUGUAUUGGCGUUUUUCAAGACUCGUGCUCGUCUCCAGUCCAUUGUCCUUUUACCUGACUGUGUGAAGUGGCGUGCCAUAACCUCAUUUUGUAAGCUGUGCGCGAUGAACGACCUAGAUCGACAGCUCGCCGAAUUGGCGCUGAUAAAUCAAGCAGAAUUGGCUCCAGGGAAAAAGUGGGGCCUGCUGUACCGCCAAAACCCAAAAAGAAUCAGCCACAGGUGCCACAGUCGUACACCCUAAAACAAAACGUCGAGCCGAGGUACGCUUCCCGCAUCCAAACGCACCAGCUAUAUUCGAACCUUCCUCCACAGACACCGUCUCAGUCCUGUUACGCGAACGCCUCAACGCUAGCAGCUAACGCGAAGUAUAAAGAUAACAAUUAUGCUAACUUUCCAAGGGACUUGGAUACUGCCAGCCAGUACUCAAAUCUGCCCAGAAGCGCAUCAGCGAUGAGCAGCGCCUCGCAAACGAGACAAGGUAAGAGACUGGCGGUUGAGUGAAAGUUAUUUAGCGCCAACGUGCAGUAAUACAAAUAUUGGCAGUGGUAUUGGUCUAGCUCCGCGAAUUAAAAUAGGUUAGGAGCCAAGCAUAUGCAGGG